CCUAAAUCAAAAACGUUUGACUAUUGUGUAAAUUAGUUUAUGUUUUUAAUGUUUUAUUUUAACUGUUUCUACAUCGACUCUGUUUCCAUGGUCAGAAAUGCUCUUCAUUUAACUGUUAUGUUGCCAUUUCAGCACCACAUUCGUGGUCAGCGCUGCUCUUCAAAGCGGCUCUAUUUCAAUGGACCCUUUAACAUUGUAAAGAGUGAAUUAUACUGGGAUAUUGCCUAAUCUUUGUAAAGAAGAGGCAAACGUUUUCUGUACUAUAAAUUGUAUUCAUAUGUAUAUAUACACAUUUUUAGUAGCCUACGUAAUGCACAGUAAUGCCAUACUGCUGCUUAUAGUUGCAGAAAGUUGCUUUCGGUCUCGAUGAUUAGCUUCACGCAAGGUGUAUUUUGUUUGACCUUUCUUCUUCAGUUACUUCUUGUAUCAUGGUUUACAUUUAUCCUAAAUACAUUGUCUUAUAUGAAUUAAUGAAUUACAUUUUAUUUUCGUGUCAAAUCGCCAGUUUGCAACCCUUUGACACAAACAUUACAAUAAUGCACUGUGAUUGGCACCAAGAGAUGAUUCAAGUGUGAGACAGGUCUACACAGAAUUUAUAUACAUACGUGUCAUUUGCUAUAAAGGAGCUACUUAUUUGUUUAAUUGAAUUGUAGGUCGCCAUUAUCCUUUUAUUCCAGGCUUUAUCUAAAAACAUCCGCAAACAGAAAUACACAAUGGACAAAAAAAACAUGUCAGUUUUUCCUCAUGGCUCAGCCACAUCAUUUCAGGGUUUAUCUGGUGGGCUUUCUGCAAUAAAGACAAGCAUAUAUUGUGGUAGAAAGGUCCGUAGAGGAUCAAAUGAAUUUCCUUCUCUAUUUUUUCGAGGUCAUAGUCUUUUCUCUUCCAUUUCACCAUUAUACCGACCUGUUUCACUACGCAGGGGCAAUAUCCCUGAUCUUACCUGUUUCACUACGCAGGGGCAAUAUCCCUGAUCUUACCUGUUUCACUACGCAGGGGCAAUAUCCCUGAUCUUACCUGUUUCACUAAGCAGGGGCAAUAUCCCUGAUCUUACCUGUUUCACUACGCAGGGGCAAUGUCCCUGAUCUUACCUGUUUCACUACGCAGGGGCAAUAUCCCUGAUCUUACCUGUUUCACUACGCAGGGGCAAUGUCCUUGAUCUUACAUGGGCACAUAGCGAUCUCUUGCUUAUAUGUAGGUUGUUCAUAAUAUAUCUCUCACACACGAAUUCACCCUCAAUCAAACAAAAGGUUUUCAACUUGGGUUUAUGAUUAAUCUCCUCCACUCAUUUAUUUUCAUAUUGCGUAAUCAGUUUUUUUUAACAGCGUCAAUGUCUCACUUAAUUCGGUUUUCGUACAACUGUUCACAGUCAGACUGUUGGAAAAUGUCAGACAUUUCAGUUGCCCAUGCUCCCCUUUUGGAGAGAUCCCAUUGGAAAAACUUUGCUGACUAUUCUGGCAAUUGCUAUAUCCAACGGUCUAUUCCAAAGUCUCACCAUACACGCCUUCCAUCUCAUCUCAUAGGGUUCCCAGCGCAUGUCCCCAGUUAUUGCCAGUAUAGAUGCAAACAUUGUGGGUACCUACAAAAUAACGCACUGCUCUGUUAUGGACAUGUUCGUUUUUGAGAUACCUCUUAGCACCCUACAUUCCUGCUGAAUAGUCAAAAACAGGACACACGCAUAUCUGAUACAGUUUGGAAUACGUGGCAUAAUCAAUAUCUUUGUGUUUUCCUUUUUCUUUAACCCCCCCCAACAGCUCUACUUACUGAGUCGGCCAGGGCAGAUGUAUAGAAAGGGCAUAUGUGAUUCAAUUGCCUACAUUACUGGGUUGGGUGAAGCUUCAUAGUGCUAUGCUUUAUUCCAUGGAGAUUCACACCUUCCCAAAUAUGUUGGAAGGUGUUAUUUUUGAAGUAUCUGUUGUUCAGUAGAUUGAACUCAGAGGGACGCUGUUGGUCAGUGUGUUGCAGUUUUAGAGCAGAUUUGCAGCAGUACCUCCCCCACCAUCUCGAUAUAUUAGAAAGAGAAAGAGCCGCACGCAGAGCGCACAGUCCGGGUUACAGAGAACACUAAGCACCGAUACACCGUACUGAGAUUCUUUUGUUCUGGAGAUACGGAUUAUUGCUAUUUUUUGUAUUUCUUGUUGGACAUACAUCUGAAGGAAUUAUACUGUUCUCAUAUCGGAUUAUAAGGCGGUUGUUGUUUCAUGUUGAAGGGAAAAUGUCGGACAGAACAAUGACACGGCAAAUACUGUUGUUUAUCUCGGUUCUCUCUCUCAGUUCAGUACACGGGCAGGUCAGUUACUCCAUUCCCGAGGAAAUGGCGAAAGGUUCUUUAGUUGGUAACAUAGCGCAGGAUUUGGGUUUAGAUAUCAAUAGACUGAAAUCAGGUAAUGCUCGUAUUUACACUGGAGACAGCGCAGAGUACAUCGAGCUGAACAAAGAAAGGGGAGUUCUCCUCAUCAAAGACAGAAUAGACCGUGAAGCUCUCUGCGGAGAGACGACGCCUUGCGCACUACAUUUUCAGAUUAUUCUAGAGAACCCGAUGGAAUUUUAUUCCAUUACUGUUGAGGUAACUGAUGUCAAUGACAACCCACCGGUUUUCAAGAAAAGUGAUAUCAGGUUUAGAAUUAGCGAGUCAGCUCUGACGGGAGCUAAAUUCAUUUUGGAGAGAGCUAUAGAUCCAGACGUUGGUAUUAAUGGACUCCAAAGCUAUUCUCUCAGUUCAAAUGGUAAUUUUGCACUAAAACUGCAAAAUCAGCCAGGUGGUGGUAAAAAUGUCGAAAUGAUUUUACAGAAGUCUCUAGAUCGAGAAAAACAAGAGCAAAUAUUAAUAGUGUUAACAGCAAUGGAUGGAGGAGAGCCUCAGAUAUCUGGUACUGCACAGAUACUCGUCACCGUGUUAGACGCCAAUGACAAUGCCCCAAUUUUUACGCAGCCGAUUUACAGAGCUACAAUUACUGAGAAUGCACAGAAAGGUACAGUUGUUACUAAGGUCAGUGCACACGAUGCUGAUCAGGGCACUAAUGGCAAAAUAACAUACUCAGUAACAAAUACACAGGACGAUUUUCCUGAAAUGUUUGAAAUUAAUUAUGUUGAUGGUGAAGUUAUAUUAACUGGGGAAAUAGACUAUGAAAAAGCUCACCAUUAUCAGAUACAUAUACAAGCCAGUGAUGACGGAGGGCUGACUGAUUCAUGUAAAAUAAUUCUUGACGUCAUUGAUAUAAAUGAUAACAAACCAGCUAUUAAUAUUAUGUCCAAGACUAACGUCAUAACAGAAGAUUCUAAACCCGGUACUGUAGUAACUAUGAUUAAUGUACAAGACCCAGACUCAGGUGAAAAUGGUAAAGUCCAGUGUUCGAUAAACGACAAUAUUCCAUUUACCAUCAAAUCAACGAAAAAUAAUUUCUUUACUUUAGUAACAGACAGUGACUUGGACCGAGAGAGAGCCCCUGAAUAUAACAUCAGUGUGACGUGCUCUGAUGAGGGAGUGCCCUCUCUCUCCAGCAGCGUCACUCUCACCUUACAGAUAUCAGAUGUGAAUGACAACGCGCCUGUCUUUGAGAGGAGCUCAUAUGAGGCCUACAUUAUAGAAAACAACACACCGGGCCUCUCUAUAUUCACAGUGAAAGCCAGAGACGCUGACUGGAACCAGAAUGCCCGUGUUUCUUACAUACUCGAGGACUCCUCGGUUAACGGCGUGUCCGUCUCAUCAUAUGUGUCCGUUAGUGCUGAUAGUGGAGUCGUCCAUUCAGUGCGCUCUUUUGACUACGAGCAGAUCAAGGAUUUCCAGUUCCGCGUAAAAGCGCAGGAUGGAGGCUCUCCUCCUCUCAGUAGCAAUGUGACUGUGAAAAUAAUGAUCCAGGACCAGAACGACAACGCGCCUCAGGUUCUGUACCCAGUCCAGACUAGCAGCUCUCUGGUGGCUGAAAUGGUGCCUCGUUCAGCAGAUGUGGGCUAUCUUGUGACUAAAGUGGUGGCUGUUGAUGUGGACUCUGGACAGAAUGCCUGGCUCUCGUAUAAACUGCAGAAAGGGACGGACAGAGCGCUGUUUGAAGUGGGCUUACAGAAUGGAGAAAUAAGAACUAUACGUCAAGUAACUGAUAAAGAUGCGGUGAAACAAAGGCUCACUGUUGUAGUGGAGGACAACGGGCAGCCCUCUCGUUCAGCUACAGUCAAUGUUAACGUGGCGGUGGCGGACAGCUUCCCUGAAGUGCUCUCGGAGUUCACUGACUUUACGCACGACAAGGAGUACAAUGACAACCUGACUUUUUACUUAGUCUUGGCUUUGGCUGUGGUCUCAUUUCUUUUCAUCACAUGUUUAGUGGUUAUUAUAUCUGUGAAAAUAUACAGAUGGAGACAGUCUCGCGUCCUUUAUCAUUCCAAUCUCCCGGUUAUUCCGUAUUAUCCACCGCGUUACGCAGACACUUUGGGGACAGGAACCCUACAGCACGUGUACAAUUACGAGGUGUGCAGGACGACUGACUCCAGAAAGAGUGACUGUAAGUUCGUCAGACCCUGUAGUCAGAACGUACUGAUAAUGGACCCCAGUUCUACAGGGACGAUGCAGCGGAUGCAGAGUGAACAGAACAUCCUGGAUGAACCAGACUCCCCAGUAGAGCAAAAGCCUCCUAACGCCGACUGGCGCUUCACCCAAGGCCAGAGACCUGGACCCAGUGGGGCUGGAGGCCCCCCUGAAAUGGCCAUGGGAACCGGACCCUGGCCCAACCCCCCCACCGAGGCUGAGCAGCUCCAAGCCCUGAUGGCCGCCGCUAACGAAGUGAGCGAAGCGACUGCCACCCUGGGGCCGGGCACCAUGGGUCUAAGCACCCGUUACAGCCCCCAGUUCACCCUGCAGCACGUGCCCGACUACCGUCAGAACGUCUACAUCCCUGGCAGCACCGCCACCCUGACCUCCAAUCCCCAGCAGCAGCAGCAGAUGGCGGCCCAACAACAGGCCCUGCAGGCCCAGCCCUCCGAGGCCUCGGCUCAGCCUGAACCCCCCAAGGCUGCCCAGACCCCCGCCUCCAAGAAGAAGUCCACCAAGAAGGAGAAGAAGUAGGAUGGAUGGAAGGACGAACGAUGAAUGGAUAGAUAUGGAGUAUACGAUGAGAAGAGAACGACCCGAUGAGAACUGAAAUUUAACCACAGGAGGCUGCUGAGGGGAGGAGUGCUCGUAAUGGCCGGAACAGAGCGAAUGGAAUGGCAUCAAAGACAUGGAAACCAUGUCUUUGAUACCAUUCCUCUCCAGCCAAUACCACAAGCCUGUCCUCCCCAAUUAAAGUGCCACCAACCUCCUGUGAAUUCAACCCUCCCUUACCCCCACUUUUCCACACAAUGCGUUUACUCUAACCAUGGUUGGAAUUGUAUUGGUCACGCUCAUAUGAUAAAACAAAAUAUGGAGAUGGUUUAGGAAUGUUUGUUUUUGGGCUCUUGAAUCUGGAAAGGGUUAAGAGCAAACAGCAUGGACAUUUUGUUUUUGUUUUCUUUCUGAAGGCUAGUUAGAAACGGUUGUUUUUGUUUUCUUUCUGAAGGCUAGUUAGAAACGUUUUUUUUUUGUUUUCUUUCUGAAGGCUAGUUAGAAACGGUUGUUUUUGUUUUCUUUCUGAAGGCUAGUUAGAAACGUUUUUUUUUUGUUUUCUUUCUGAAGGCUAGUUAGAAACGUUUUUUUUUUGUUUUCUUUCUGAAGGCUAGUUAGAAACGUUUUUUUUUGUUUUCUUUCUGAAGGCUAGUUAGAAACGUUUUUUUUUGUUUUCUUUCUGAAGGCUAGUUAGAAACGGUUGUUUUUGUUUUCUUUCUGAAGGCUAGUUAGAAACGGUUGUUUUUGGAAAGCCUGUGUUCUGUUCUACUCAACAGCAAAGUAUUAAUGGUAUUUCCUGGUAAGGAAGACUGGAGUUGGGGGGGGGGGGGAUCAAUGAAUUUGGAUUCACUUCAGACAACAGAUUGAGUGUAAGAAACUUUGCUGGGGUAACAAGGUUCACCCAGUGACGUAUUCACAGGUUGAUAUUUUAACCAUGUUCCCUAAGAUGUUUCAUGUUGGAUUUGUAAUUCUUUAUUUUCCUGAGUUGGAAAGUAGAUCAGUGUUGACUACUAGAUUGCCAUGCUCAGAUUCCUAUAUAGCAGUUCUAAAACCAAUCUGUGCGGCACUCAGCUGAAUAUGAAAAUCCCGACGUGAGCCUCCACCGCUAUAUAGGAUCAGCCUCAUAGGAUCCUACACCACAGCUCUUUGGAACACAAGGGUAUCCCGUCCACUGGUAGUAUUCUACUCCUCUGCAUGUUCCUAUAGCUUCAAACCACAGAUCUUCUAGAAGAUUCAACAAUGCAUUGCUUAAGUGUUGCAAAGAAGACGACCACCUUAACUCCUCUCCCAAAAAUACUGGUUGAUAAAUGCACUUGUAGCAUUUAUCUGACGUGGUAGAGAAAAAUUAUUAAUAUGAUUUUGUAAGCAUUAGUUAAAUGGUAAGAUUAGAGUCUUUUGUUGUUUGUUAUGACCUUAGCGUGAACCUUAUUGGAGUGCUAGGGCAGAGGGGGAGGGGCAUGUUCUAGUACUAUCAUCAGUCCUGUUGGCUGGCUUGGUGACAUAGUAGGCACUGCCCCUUUUUUAAAAGGGCAAAGAGACCACCUGCUGUCCCCUUAUGCCCCCUCUCCUCACUGGCUAUCCCACUUCAACCAUAGGAGAUGCACUGUUCAUACUAUAAAGAUCAGCUGUAGGGUAAAAAGCCCUUCAGAGGAGGGCACAAGUAGAGAUCUUCAACAAACUGCUUAGAAGUUACACUUCUUAGGUCACUAGGCUCCAGAUUGAGUGUUCACCCCUUGCUAUGUAUCCUGAAGUGCAGAUGAUUCUAUUCCUUGAUGUGAUAAGAUACAUUUUUUGACGACUCAGUAGUAUAAGAGUUGUUUAGAAGAUAAGUAGGAAGUCUUUCCUUUGCCGUCAGUCCGUCCAUCUGUCAGGCUACUGGUUAGAUACCACUGCAUGAAGAGGCAGCAGGGUUCAAGGGGGAGUGGAAAGGGAUGGGGUUAUGGGGUACGACGUCUGGGUUGGUACCAUUAGAUUGACGGGGAGGGGGGGCAACGACCUUGGCUCUACUCACUGAAUGUACAUAGGCAAGGUCCACCCCUAAACUUCCUCUAAUGCACUGACCCAGGUUAGAGGUUGACAGAGCCAAACACAUCUUUCCAUGUGACGGAGAUACCACUUCAGAAGAAGGGAGGGGGGGGGCAGAGUUUGCUAGUUCCAUUCCUCGCUGUAUCUAUCCCCUGUGUAAAUCCACUCUGGUAAAGCUAACCUCAGACUCUGCCCUCCACUACCUGGUCCUGUGAAGGCUCUUCCCCACUGUAAAUAAACACUGGUCCUGUCGAUGGCAUGAGCCAGUUGUUUGUCUAGUACGGACCACGUCCAGCAUUUUCAAAUGAAAAGUCCUCUCCACAAGGCGUGGCUUACUACUGGAAUGUGUUGCAUUUGUUUUUCAAGAAAAAUAUGAAAACCCCAGCGAGGAAAAAAAGAUCUCGGAAAUGUUCUUCUACAGUUUGUGUUGCAAUGUCGUAACUAAACACCAUGAAGGGCAACUAACUCUUCAGUGUAAAUAAAGUUGUUAACUUUAGACGAUGAGUAAACAGUGACACACAUAGACUAGUUAACUUGUGAUAUGUGUUGCGCAUAUUUUUGUGUUCAUUUUCACUCUCUCCAUUUUACCACCCUGUAAAGAAACCAAACAAAAAAAGUAUAUUGAAAAAAUGUUUCUAUCCUUCUGUAACCUCUUUACGUUUUUUUUCUGUGAUUCAUAUCGCGCAUUUGUGCAGGAAUGCCUCUCUGUCCAUAUGAACAAAUCAUUAUAAAUAUUAUAUAUGUGUGUACGUCCGCCUGCUGCUGAAUUAAUCCUCUCCUGUGCUGUGGCCUGAUAUCUUUCUUAUGAAACUCUUAGACCCCCCCCUAAUCUCUUAUUUGUUAUGCUAAUAUUUAUAUUGCUGUUUUAUUUUCUCUUGAACACUGACGUUUCAAAUAAAAGGUUCUGAAAUCAUUAAA